AUGAAUUUGAAUGAAGCAUAUGAUUUGCCACAACUCCGAUACACCCCCGGCGACUCUGUCUCGCUAACCGUUUGCGAAUCGAGCCACGAUUUCGACGAUCUCGUCGCGAACCACGCUCGAGAUUCGGAUAAAUUCUACGACCUAAUCCCUAAUUUGCCGCCGAUUACUGUCGAAUCCGAUUUCAAAUUACUCAAAGUCCUAGCUCUGCAGGUCACUCUGUUUCCCGGCCGCGGACUCUGCAUAGGCGUCGCGAACCACCACUCCGCCGGCGACGCCACCUCCAUCGCCGCCUUCUUACGGCGCUGGUCUUCGAUCUGUAAAAUUGACUCUGAAAUUGAAUCUCCGCCACUAUUCGAUAGAUCUCUAUUCAAUUAUCCUCCAAAAUUGGACGCUCUUUACUGGAACCUAGUCAAACAAUUUCCAUUCACGCAGCCGUCCUUUCCUCUGCCGACUAAUCGCGUCCGAGCUACGUACGUUCUGAGCAAAUCGGAUCUGGAGAAGCUCAAGUUCUCGAUUCAAUCAGCCAAUCCAGAUUUAGGCGGCGUAUCUUCCUUUGUAGCUAUGGCUGCUUAUGUGUGGUCAUGUUUCGUAAAAACGAGUGCAGUCGAAGAAGACGGAGACGAAAACGGGGAUCGCCUGGAGUAUUUUAUGGCGGCAAUCGAUUUACGAGGUCGUAUCGAGCCGGUGGUUCCAGAGAAUUACUUUGGGAACUGUUUAACGUACGGACUGGGGAGAGAGCGGCGCGUGGAGCUGGGUGCGGAGGAUGGAUUGUUUGCGGCAGCGAGGGCGGUUGCGAAGGCGAUUAGGGAGAGGUUGAGUGAGAAGGAGAAGAUUCUGGAAGAUGCGGAGAAUUGGAUCAGUGAAACGGCGGAGGUGGCGGAGAUGAAGUUGGGAGUGUCUGGGUCGGCAAGAGUGGACCUGUAUGGGAUGGAUUUCGGAUUGGGGAGGGCGAGGAAGGUGGAAGUGUUGUCGAUUGAUGGGGAGAAGUAUGCAAUGUCGGUGUGUAAGGCUAGAGAUUUGGAGGGAGGUUUGGAGAUUGGAAUGUCUUUGCCCAAGAUGAGAAUGGAUGCUUUUGCUACCUGUUUUCAUCAUGGAAUCAAGAAUUUCUGA